AUGAGAUCCAUCACUGCGAUCAACAGGCAACGCCGCAAUGUUAGGAACUGGAGGAGAAUCAGUUCUACUGACAGAAGGAGAAUGAAGGCGAGUCGUAGGGAACUCAGGAGGAUGGUACGCCGUGAUCCGGGAAUUUUCGCCGUUCUGUGGUACCUGGCCAAUAUGUCACUCGAGGAUCUCAACGACUCUUGGACCGAGAAAGAUGAAGAAGUAAGAAGAGCAACCGAGAAUCGGUUGGGAUUACCGACUCUUCCCAGCCGUGUGAAUAUGUUGAUGCAGUCAAAAUAUCCUCCAGCGACCUAUCAGCAGGAAUUGAUGCACGCCUGGAAUUCUGAAGAUUGUUCUGAGAACAUCUACUUCAAGCCAAAAUACCCUCUCACAAUCUUUCGGUCAGUACCAACCGCAACAUUCGAUGCCGUCAGAGGAAAAGUUGGAUUUAGUCAAGGAAUCCACUUUUGGGUAAUUCAAUGGCCAAUCGAACAUCGUGGCUUCCAUUCUAUGGUGGGCGUUGCGACAAAAGACGCCCCUCUACAAAGCGAAGGAAUCGAUGCGAUCGUGGGGAGUAACGAUCAGUCCUGGGGCUGGAACCUCGAAACCCUGACACUACGGCACAAUUGCAACACGUGUGCUGACUAUCCUGUUGUAAUACCUUCCGAUGACUUUGAAGUGCCUGAGAGUUUUGGUGUUGUCCUGGACAUGCACGAGGGGACCGUAGGUUUUGUCAUCCAUCUGUAUGGGGAGACACGUUACCUGGGGCAUGCCUUCACUGGACUACGGGGGAAAGUGCUGUUCCCCAUCAUCAGCACCAGCUCAGCACCCUGUCAAAUAACGAUGACGUACAUCGGUGGCUUAGACUCGGAACCUCGGUCAUUGAUGGAGCUGUGCAGGACUGUGGUGAUACAGUCUAUUGGAAAUGUCCACUUAGAGGACAAAGUACAAAAGCUGUACUUGCCUCGCAAGAUCGCUGAGUAUCUUCUAACCAACGUCUAA